ACAAAGACUUGCCAUGCAGAACUCAGUAGCACAGUGCUUUCUCCUUUCUGUUGGGGCUGUUAUUUUUAGCUCUUGCCUGCGAGAGUCUACAGCUCAACUGGAGCAUGGGGAAAUGUUCAUGGGCCUGCAGCUCGAGGCUCUGAAAACCAUUAUUCUGGAGUACCUGGGGAUGGACGAACCACCCAGGCCUGGUGGGAGAGCGUCUCACCAGGACUUGGUCAGGAUGUACCGUCAGUAUAGGAGAAUUGGACAGCUGCUUAAAGGCAAUUCCAGUGAAGGGCAGGAGCUUCAGCCUGCAAGAAGUGCCUCUACAGUGCUCUUUCCCACGACAGUACAACCUCUGAAUUCAAGCAUGGAUUCAAGGCAGCAGUGGUUCAGAGCUGCUUUCCACAAGAACUCGCGCAUCAAAACUGGAGUCAACAUUAAACAUGCAAGGCUACAAAUUAAGAGACCGCACGUGUACAAAAUGUCACCUGGCCAGCCAUGGCUAUCAAAAGACGUUGUGGUUAGAAUGCAUAAACCUCCCGGUUUUCAUAAAGAGACUGUAUUUCACACGAGGCACAUGAGCUCUCGGGAUGUCACGUUGGAUUUAACAGUUGCAGUUGAGAAGUGGCUUAAGGACACAAGUGCUGAGCUUUUAGUUGUUGAAAUUUGCCUUCUCAAAAAACAAGAAGUGAGUGCACAACCCAUGCCUCGGCUUCUUUUACAGCUUGACCAAGCAGUGAGGAGAAGCAGGAGAGCUGUCUCUACUAAGGAGGAAAGUGUUGAGGAUGAAGGUCACUGCAGGCGAAAGUCAUUAAAUGUUUCCUUCAAAGAGAUCGGCUGGUCAGACUGGAUUAUCGCUCCUUCGGGCUAUACCAUGCACUACUGUGAUGGUUCCUGUCCGCAUAAUUAUAAACCUGCCAGUAUGCAUACUCAGGUAAAGUCUCGCCUUCAUCUCAUGUCCAAAGGAACAACACCCGGGCCUUGCUGCGUACCAGCUGCCUAUGAGCCAAUGGUUCUCAUGCACUAUGACAGUCGUGGGAAGCUGAAACUCACGCCUUUCAAUGAUUUGAUAGUUAGUAAAUGCCACUGUGCAUAAGACUGAUUGACAACUGAACUUUAUAGUCUCAAGAUGAAAAGGAGGCAAAACAACUCGCCAAUGAAAUACAAAUAUGUUGUCACACACCUUUGGUUACAUUCCUGUGGUUUAUAUGUGGCUUCUUCUGAAACCAGAUGCCUGCUUUCCUACUGACAUGUUAAAUGGGUACUGUAUUUUCACAUGAUUGACAUACUGGAAUAUCAAGUUAUUUAUUGUAAUUUAUUUGAAAAGUUUUGUACCUUCUUUUUUAGUAUUUGUGUUGUGAAUGAAUCAAGAAACCUUUUGUAUUUUUGAAAGAAUGUAAAUAAAGUAGUUGUAUUCCUUUAAGGAAAUGAUCUAUUUUCUGUAUAAAUGUUCACUACAUUUCAAUAAAGACGAUUCAACAUCCUCUCUGAAUAUAAGAUAAACAUCGUCAAAUAUUUUAUUUUUAUUUUUUUGUGAAACCAAGUCAAGUUUGAACUGCUAUGAAGAGUCUGGAUGUUGUUAAAAACCUUUGAAUCUAGAUUGAAAUGAGCGCAUGCUAAAAAUUAAACUGGAUUAAAUUGUGAAAAAUGGAUCAUCAGAAUUAAUCAUUUGUGUAUGACUCACUCAGAUCAACCAUAAAAUGAAUUUACAAAACGUUUUACUUAAAGUGUAAACUUUUAAAUUACACUCAACAUUUUACAAUAUCCUGUCAGUUAUAGAUCAUUUUCAAGGUGAGGUCAUGUCAUAAAUAUGCUUAAAAGAUAUUUAUCUAUGUCAUCCAAUAAUAUCCACAGCUAUCACAUCUAUAAAGAUAUCCCAGUUCUUACAUCUGUAGCCUUGAAAGCACACAUAAGUUUCAUUGGCCUUGACCAGAGAGUGAAUGCUCUCUAAAGCGAGCACAGUGUUCAUGUGGGUUCAUUUGUGACUU